CUAACAGACAUGGAGAGUCUUACCAUGCCUGCUGCCUGCCGCUACAUCUGCUUAUUCUCCAUUGUCUUACCCCUGCUCAUAUGUUUAAGUACUGGCACUACAGUAUAUGGCACUGUAGGAGAGAAUAUCACCCUUCCAUGCUACUACAAUUCAAAGUAUCAUGGCCUAAUAAGUAUAUGCUGGGGAACAGGCGAUAUACCAAAUAUGGGAUGUAAUAACAACAUUCUGACAACUGAUGGGCAUAAAGUAAUUUCUAGAGUAUCUGACAGAUACAGAUUAAUGGGCAAUUUAACAACAGGGAAUGUUUCUCUGACUAUCUAUGAUUCAAUUCAAUUUGAUUCUGGAAAAUACUUCUGCCGCAUACACAUUCCUGGAUGGUUUAAUGAUGAAAAGUAUUUGAUCCGCCUUCUCAUCAGAAAAACACCUAAUCCAUCAUUUCAAAGCAUGACAUCAGAAUCCUCUAUCACCGAAUCUCACACCAAAGAUCACCAGUGCACCAUCCUAACUGAACCAACUGACACAACACUACAGUACAGUGAAAUUGAAGGACAAAGGGUUUCUCAUCACCCAGGAGUACUGGUGGCUGUGGUCUUGUUGGUUGUUGUGGUGGUGGUGGUUGUUACUGUGGUGGCUAUAUUUCUGAUGAAAAAUCGAUGGAGAAAAAUGGAUCCAAAUGUUCAGAUAAACCAGGCCUCUGACCCCUCAGUAAUCUACAGCAACACUGGAAGCAGUCUGGGACUCUUCUCCAGGGAAAUGGCAAUAGAGAAUGUCUAUCAACUGGAUGACUCAGAUGUCUAUGAGCCAUGCCUCUAAGACAAGUUGGCAACAUAAUCAAAGAAGAUGUGUUUUAAAUAUGUCAAUGAUAUAUUUACGCUUUAGACUAAUUUUGCCAUAAUGUUGUGCCACUUUCUAAGAAUGUAAGUAGGCUACAUUAUGAUAACACUAUCUGACAUCUAUCAUUUAGUGUCUUUUGUGGGUUCCACCUCUGGAAAAAAAAAAUCUGGAAUUUUGUUGAAAUUAUUCACCAAAAGCUAAUCUUUCCUUCAAACAGCACAACUUGUGGUUCACAUUCACAUAAUUUCACAAUGGACAACAACAUGCAAAACAUAGUUUUCGAUAUAUGGGCAGGUUCAACCCUAAUUUUUGGCGAUUGUCCAUGCCAUAGUUAUAUGUGUAAAAAGGUUAACAAGCAUAUCACAGCAUUGGUUUCCUCCCAAGAUCUACCUGUCAUUGAGUAUAGCAUACUUGUCCAGAGGUGAUAAAUUGCAACACAGAGGUGAUAUCUUUUAUGGAUAAGGAGUGAUUGUUGAUUAAAGAAUUCUGCAAAGGAGUUUCACACA